AUAGACCACAGCCUAACGUGCUACUGACGCAUUGUAGAGAAAGGAGCAGGAAAUCAUCAAUCAUGUCUGUGAAUCCUGUGUGUCCAUGGGAUUUGGUCAAACAAUACUCAAGAAAAAAAAAGAUAUGCACCUAAAGCUGGCUUCUGGUCAGAGGACCAAACGGUAUACUUUAAUAUAAAGGAUGUGUCAGUACCACUGAAAUAAUUUAAAGUCAACGAAUGUUUGCCUGUUGAUGCUUCGUCGUUUAACAGUCGUAUCCUCUCAGGCUUAUCUCUCCACUCUAUGCUGACGGUGGUGGAUUUGAUAUGGGCUCCGUGGGACACACUACAGUUUUCGGGACAGUCUAGUAUAGCAUGAUCUCAGCAGAGAUCCACAGAUCCGAUGAAAUGUGCUGCCAGUGUCUGUUCUCGACUGUUACUGACUCAUUAGCACCGCAGCUCCGCGCAAUACCCGCAUCAGAUAGUCUGUCAUGGGAAGAUAGAUUGAGGAGUUGAGUUUAGGCUGAGACCGAGAAACAAAAUGACCCAGAAGAGCCCGCGGCAUUUCUCAGUGACUGAUCUUUAUACGUGUAGUUCUUCGACCGUGUCAAAGGGUAGUGGCAGAAAGUGAUAUAAUACGAGAGAUGUGCGGUUUGGUGCAGCUACCCAGCGGAAGAUACGCUUCUGACUACAUAUCCGGUCCUAUACCUUGCACAAUGGAUAAGGGGAAGGGGAAUAGCCGAACGGAUGAGUAGAUUCACUUUGUUGCGUUACCACUGCUUAGUAUAAUGUAAUUAUAAUUCGUUUUUGUUAGGUGUUUUUAGGUAUACUCUGGAAACCAACAAAAAAGUAUUCGGUCACAGUCCAGUCCAUGGAAUAAUGGUUCUAUAUCUAUUUCGCGUACCACAAGUUGGGCUGUUUCUUCUUAGUUGUCCAAAAUAGACUAAGCUGUACAAUUGAUGGUAAGGGAGACUGGCUUGUGUAAAUAUCGUAGUCAUUUGGGGUUUAUCUUAGCCCUUGUAUUAGCCUAUUUUUAUUUUAUAUACUUUUUUAAACAUUCUUAAGUGGGACAAUCAAGUGAUUGGAUGCCCUGUCCAACGCAGAGCGGGUCGCUGUCCUUCGCGCUAGUGGUGCUGAAGUCUGGAUGAUGCCUGGCCAGCGACUGCAAGGCUGCCGCUCCCUCCACAUAAACGAAGACAACGGCCGCUUCUUGCUGCUCGCGGUCUUAAUAAUUUUGUAUCUGCUUUGUGGCGCCGCGGUGUUUUCCGCUAUAGAGCGGCCUUCGGAGGUGCAGGCGCACGGUAAAUGGAACAGAACACUUUUCAACUUCAGCGAGACUUUCAAUAUCAGCUUAGAGGAUCUGAACUCUUUCCUACGGGAGUACGAGACCGCAAUCGCCGCAGGCAUCCGAGCUGACGCUCUCAGACCGCGAUGGGAUUUUACCGGGGCUUUUUACUUUGUUGGGACUGUGGUGUCAACUAUUGGUUUCGGGAUGUCCACUCCUGUGACGGUAGCAGGGAAGGUGUUCCUGAUCUUUUACGGACUACUCGGCUGUGCUGCCACUAUCCUGUUCUUUAAUCUCUUUCUGGAACGCAUCAUCACCCUCCUGGCCGUGGUCAUGAAGGCCGUGAGGGAACGCCGCAUCCGGAACUCCGGGAUCCUCCCACCGGGCAUCCGUCAUGACUUCUCCGCAUAUUCUUUUCCCGGGUGGAAGCCCUCAGUCUACCAUGUCAUGCUGAUCCUGGGGCUGUCUGCCAUUAUCAUCUCCUGCUGUGCCUCCGCCAUGUAUUCCCCCGUGGAGGGAUGGGCCUACCUGGAUUCACUCUACUUCUGCUUCGUCACAUUCAGCACCAUUGGCUUUGGGGACCUGGUCUCCAGUCAGAGAGAAAAAUAUGAGUACCAGCCGCUGUACCGUCUUGCCAACUGCUUGUUCAUCCUCAUGGGCGUGUGCUGCAUCUACUCCCUGUUCAAUGUCAUCUCUAUUGUCAUCAAGCAGGUGCUCAACUGGAUGCUGCAGAACCUGUGCUGCCAGCGCUGCAAUGUCAAAUCCAACUCUUUCCCAUUGGGACGCCGUAAUGCCAUCCGGCCCGGUUCAAGAAUCCGUAAGGGGCGCUUUGGAAUCGGACGCCCACCGGACUCGGUGGAAUCGGGACCAUAUGACAGUGACACUGAGGGAGGACGCAGACUCUCAGGAGAAAUGAUUUCGAUGAAGGACCUGACGGCCUCCAACAAAGUCUCGCUAGCACUCAUGCAGAAGCAGUUAUCAGAGUCCGCUAAUGGUUACCCCAGCACGGUGUGCGGCAGUUCUAGACAUAACGGGUUCUCCGGAGGAGUGGGAGCUCUAGGGAUCAUGAACAACAGGCUGGCAGAGACCAGCAACUCCAGGUAGACCUGAAUAGUGUUUCACUUCCUCUCGUUCGUGGACAGGUGCUGGUGCAAGGGAUGAAACGUUCAGUCUGGGAGAAUGUAAGCAGCCCCCCAAUGAGUCAAGACCAUAGCUUGUUGGUUUUGGACACAAGCAGCACAAUAGCCUGCUGGUCCCAGGCAUUAGAAAAAGGUUGGUAUGAAACGGUUUCAGCAGAGUCCUACAGGAUUUUGUAGGAUACAUCUGAGGAGACUGAUGGGAAGAGAAAAAGGGUGGCUUUAAGGCGCUUUAUGAUCCAGCGAGGUUUAGUGUGGUGAACUUCAUUAGCCAGCCCUCUUAACAUGCUUGACUAUGUCUUGUUGUUCAAUGGAAUAGCAUGAUGAUGUGCAUGAAACUGUUUGGACAAUUUUUGGGGAUGGAAUCAACAUAUUGUUGUGAUGAUGAUGAUGAACCUACAAACAAUGGUGAUUAUGAUGGGGACAGUCGGAAUCAUAUUGUGGGAAGGAAAGUAACUGUACCUUUGAAGGGCAAAACACUGAUGCAAGACAACCAUAAAAGGGACUGGUACAAUACGAUACAGUAUAGGAUGUAACCCUACAUAUCUGAGGCUGUACAGAUGCAGCAUCGUAAUUUGACCUGUGUAAUCGCCAUAGAAAAAUUAUCCUGCAGCAGGGGGUUUUAAUUAGUAACUGAAAGAGAUUCUUUCAAACAGCAACUUCUUUUUGAUAGGCUACAGUUUAUGUUUACCUACCAGUAUACUAUAUAAUAUUUAAAAGUGGACGCCAAAAUCUAUAGUUUGUUAAUAUGUUCUAUAAAACUAUGGUUGGUGACGUGUAUGUCAGGUUUUGAUUGAAUUUAUGCAAAAACAAUUAUAAUAUUUUGCCGCAGGAGACUUAUCAGGAAAAACUGAGUGAUCAAAUUAAUAACCUAUGCCUGUCUGAAUCAAGUGUGUCAGAUUAGGAAUGCUGAUCUACUGUCAGUUUAGCUUUCAGCUGUUGAUGAGUGGACAGGAGCUAAAAGGGUCCUAGAUCAGAACCUAUAAGAAGAUGCAUUCUGCCCCAGAUCAAUAUGACUGCUACAGCAUACUAUAAUGGAAGUCAUAACCGUAUGAUCCUUCAUCGUUAUUCCUUCUGAACAUUUUCAAUUAGUAUGGCUUAAGUCGAUAUUUGAAUGUAAAGGUCGAGUUGUUACUGUACAUAUCGUUUUAACACAAAGAUAACUACUAUAUGAUAUAGCACAUAACUAUGCAUUACAUGUCUAGUCAUAUAGACCAACUGGAACUCAUCUGCUUAUUUAAUCUAUAUACAGAUCCAUCCUGAACUAUGAAAGCUGAAUCAGUAAAUUGAAAACCAAGUCUCAACCAUAGAAAUAUAAUCCUAGAAUGUAUUUAACUAGAAUGGCCAUUUAUGUCUAUACACUAUGUUGGCAAAAGGUAAUUAUAUUUCUAUAGUAUGAACAUGUUAACCAAUUGUCUUCAUAGAAGCCUUAUGUUAAAGAGUGGCAGCUGAUGUUCUGCUGCCCAGUAAGAAAAUAAGAUUUUCAUCUUGGGUUGUGGUUCAAUGUGGGCAUUUUAUAUUUGUUAUAAUAUACCUUGUUAGUUAAUGUUAUUUGUCCAUCUUGAGUCAGGGUAGCAACAACUCACCCUCAAAAUUGUCAGAAUUAAUCUAAGAUAAAUCAAGAAAUGUACAUGAAAAUUAAAUUUUUACUUAAAUGAUUGCACAAUAUCAAUAGCUAACAUCUGUGGUGCAGUUUUUCUCAAGUGAAAAAUUUGCAGGAAAAGUAGUCAUGCAUUACACAGAACAAAUAUUUUAUCAAUUAUACAAUUUUAUCAGCAAGCUGUCAUACUAUUGUAAAAAUAAACCACACACUACACAGUGUAUCAGUGUCCAGAAAAGUUCUCUGUUUUUAAAGCUAGCUGAAAUUAGCAACCAGGUCAAAUUACUAAAUCAAUUCAAUAAAUUGCUGGCAAGCGGCAAUGUGCUUCACUAUUACAUGGUUCCUCACCAUGAAACAAGUAUAUGGGUCAAGACAAAUUGUUAUCAAUGGUUUAUUUUUCAUUAAACAUUCAUUACAAAUGUCAGCUAACUUCAACCACCGCCACCAUCGUUUUAUUUUAAUGGCCAAGGCACAUUUAAAGUAGAUGGCCAGGGAUAUGAAGCUAUGUUUUUUUUUUGUUGAUCAAACUUUUCAAUAUGUGUUGUAGUACAUAUUUUAGAAACAGCUUUUAUGAACCUCUCCAGAAAACACACAGUAGAGAAGUACAUUUUAUUUAUUUUUUUUAACAUUUUUCUGAUUGGCUGAUACCAAUUCUCUUUGCUCCAAGCCUUUGCCUCUAGCGUGCAUUUACUGUAUGUGCUUUCUAACACAACAUAUUUGAAUCCGGCUAACUUUAGUUUUUCCCAUGUCUCUGAUCCCCUACCCAACUGAUGACUAUAAAACUUUUACAAAGACUUUAACAAUAAGCUACACCUCAUGCAGAAUAUAACUACCAAACGUUUACACACAAUUAAACUUCCAAAUGACAAAAUGCCACAUACUGUUCCCUCCAGAAUUAUUGGCGCCCUACAUAAAUACAGACUGUGAAAAACUGUCAAUGUUGUUUAUCAGCUUGAUCUUACACAAAAAAAAAGCAUACAAUACUUUGUUGAGUGAAAGAUUUUCAAAGGAAAAAAGCAUUUUAAGUUUUUGAAUCAAAUAAUUAUUUCUUGAUUAAAGUAAUUUGAUUGGAAUUUCUCAGCAGACAGAGCAAUAAUAUAAAUGUUCAGUCUUUGAUGAUAAUGUGUUAAAUAAAAACAACAUAAAAGCAGUAUUCACUCUACAUUCUCUUUUAGUCACAUCAAACCAAAUAAGUUCAUUUUACUGAUUUUGAGAUUAAAAACAAACAUCCAUUGAUUCCAUUGAUUCUAGUUAUCCCCAGCUAAUGUUUGUAGGACAUCAUAACUGCGUAUCCAAAACAGUUUAAACCAUGGACUACAAAUUCUCUUCACUCAUAGACUACUUUCAAGAUGAGAAACCAUCUAACACCAGGUUGCGGUGAGACACAAUUGGCUCGCAAAUGGGUUUUGAUUUUUUGAAAAUAGUGCAUUGCCUCAAUUCUAAUUUUCCUAAAACACUGGCAAGUAAUCACUAAACACAUUAGCAAAGGGCCACUCGAUGAAGAGGUUAGGGGCCAGGAAUUCUUAUAACAUAACAUUGACAAUGUUCUGUCUUCAGUAAACCAGUCUGAGGAGCUGCUUAAUGUUUGUCUUACUGUCUGUAGGUUAUGCCAUAGGAUUUCUCUUACUAUCAGUAGGCUCUGACAAAUAUCCAAUGGCUCUAAUAACACCGCAGCUUUCACAAAUCUCAUGGCCAAAAUAAUGCCCUUUACACUCUGUACUACAUUUUUAGACUAGAAUGAAUGCUUGUGACUAACAUCCAUGCAGCAUCAGCUGCCCUUUGGGUUCAGUGGAGUGUUUGUUGCGGGGAAGACGAGACAGGCUAAGCUGGUCCCCUUGGCACUAACACACUGAUGUUUACCAUCUUUAGAUAGAUCUGCCAAUGUUGAGGGGUUUCAGACGAGUGGGAGUUGUAGGGAAUGACUUCAGAGUGCCUGGUGCACUUGGCCUGGUGCUGCUGUACGUGGUUCACGCUACUCCUGUACCGCUUGAUGUUCCCUACGGACCCAGCUCUGUUAUGGUAGCCAGGUCAGUCAGCCCCAGGUACUGCGCUGGGCCUGACUGCAGGACUUCAAACAGUAAUUUCCCAUUGCAAGAGGGAGAAAGAAUCAGAGAGACAGAGCAGAGAGGAAAAGAAAGAGGGAGAGAGAAAGGGAAAGGGAGAGAAUAGCUGAGUCCCUCUGUGUAGAGCAACUAGGGUUCUUAUCAGCUCAUAACAUAUUUCAGGGCAAAAAGCCUUUGACUUUAUGUGUCUUCAGGCUAUAACUCAUAAUCCACCUCCUCAUAUGUCUAUUCCCUCCCUUCCCAAAGACACAAAAUCGCCUAUGAAGCAGAAAAGAGACAGGACCAGGAAAAAAAGCUACAAAUGCGCCACUUGAUCAUUACAGAGAGCAUAAAGUAUUAAGGAUUUCUGGUAAAGUACUAAUGGAGAAGAGAUUCAUGGCUGAAGCGAGGUGUAAGCUAGGUGAGCAGGUACAUCCUGUACUGGUCCUUCACGUGUUAAAUGGGGCAGAUUUGGGAGAAGAAGGGAGUCGAUUACUGACAUUAAAGAGGAAAACGAGUUUGCCUUGUAGCCUUUCAUUAAGAAGGAUUCUCACACUUGACUGUCAUUGAUUCUCCUCAGUUCAGA